AUGGUACCGAGAGGUUGUUACGAGUGUGGAGAUCCGGGUCACAUGAAGAGAUUUUGUCCCAGGCUUCGGGGUAAGGCAAUGCAGCAGGGUCAUCAUCUGAUGAUUAUAGCACCAGCCGUCCAACCGCCCAAAGGCGGAGGGCAUGCGGGUAGGGGCUGCCCUAGAGGUGGAGGCCAGGCAGGGGGAGGUCAGCCAACUACUGUUCAAUCAGGUGGAGGCCAGCCACCCGGUGCUUCAGCUAGAUUCUAUGUUUUUUCGGCCAGACCAGAUGCAAUGGCCUCAGAUGUCAUGAUCACAGGAGGGGCGGGUUAUUGUAUAUGCUUCGCAUCAGCUGAAGAUUCAUGA